AGAGGUGAACACCUUCUGGAGGGGAUGCCUGGAGCAACACCACCUCCCCACCCAGCCCAACAGGUUUUUGGUCCAGACCAUCAAGGCCCUGCUGUGCCGGCUGCAGUGGGAUAAUGAGGUGGUGUCAGUGGAGCGCAAGUGUGGCUGGGACACGCUCCUCUGUGCUGACACCCAGCACUAUGCAGUGGGGCUGCUGGCCAGGGAGAUGCGCCACGUCUUGGUCCCUUUCUAUUCCCCAAUGGCAAUCCACCUCCUGGGGCUGCUCAGCACUGAGGACCCUCGUUGGGAGCUGCCUGCCCUGGCCUUCCUUGUGGAGGUCCUGGACUAUCUGGACGGGAGUAAAUGUCAUGACAUGGUCCUGCCCAUCCUGUCGAGGAACCUGCGGAGCCAGUGCCCAGAGAGGCAGCGCCUGGCGCUCAGAGGCCUCCUGGUGCUUGCUGUGGAUCCCUCAAUGGCCGAAAGCAUCUGCAGCCUGUCUCAACACCUCCUGGAGCUCCUGCCUGAUGAAGACGGAGAGCUGGUCGUGAUGACCCUCUCUGUGUUUGAGAGUGUGCUCCGGGAUGAAGACAUUUGGGCAUUCAUCUCCACUGCCCCCAAGCUGGCUGAGGCGCUCCGGCCACUCUUUGACAAUGACAACAGCCACGUGCAGCUGCUCUCCAUUCGCCUCUUCCGAGAGGUGAUGGAGGUGCUGGCGGAAGAGGGAACACAGCUCUUGGAGACACAGGUGCACCAGAGCCUGGUCCCACUCUUCAUCCAUGGGCAUGAUGAGAACCAGUGCGUGGCAGAGGCCUCUCGAGAAGUGCUGCUUUGCGCUGCAAGGUUCCUCAAGAGAAGGGACCUGGAGAAGCUGCUGAGGAAAGAGCAGCACUUCAAGUUCUGUGAUUGCCUGAUGGACAAGGACGUGAGCCGAAGGGCUGAGCACCUGCACCAGGCCCUGCCCUACCUACAGAGCCCACAGCAGCCCCUGCGAGAGGCGGCCGUCAGGUUCAUGGGGAUCGCUGCCUGGCACAUGCAAGACCUGCAGCUCCUCAUGAGGGCCUUUGAAGCCAUGAGCCAAGACGACUGCCCGUCCUACUGCACCAUGCGGACUGAAUUCUUGUCCGCUUUUCGACGGGCAGUAACAAAGUAAUCUCCAGCCACACAACCAGCGUCCCUCCAACAGCACCAGAAGACCAAGGGACGAGACCACU